UUGCUGUCUUCAGUCUUGAAGAUCUAUGUUUUAUUUUAUUUGACGUUUUUUAUUUCUUUUUCCGUUAAGCUUGUUAUUUUUAUAUUUUGAUAUGUCAUCAAAAAGAAUUUACGAAAGUGGCUCUAAAAAACGUAAAGCGAAAGUAAAAAAGGCUGAAAAUCUGAAUCUCAUGAGAGGUUCUAUGAACAAAUUUCUACGAAAAACAAAUAUUUCUGAAAAUGAAGCAUUUACAGACCAGCGUUCAGAAACAGUGAUUUUAGAUUUGUUGAGUGAAAAUGAUUUUGAAAAUAAUUUAAAUAUGCAAAAAGAUAAUGUUAAUGAAAAUAACAUUGAACUGAAUAGUGGAAAUUUUAUUCGGGCUGUUAGACUUCUUGCUGAGUUUGAUCCUGUGUUAAAUAGCUUACUACUCACUGAACAAUCACGAGUUAAAUAUUUGAGUUGGAAAAUUCAAAACGAAUUAAUUGAAAUAUUAGCUACUAACUUGCAACAGUUGAUAUGUGAAGAAAUCAGAUCAGCUCAAUGUUUCUCUAUCAUAAUUGAUUCUACGCAAGAUAUAACCAAGAUUGACCAAGUCAGUUUUAUUUUUCGGUACACAAUUGUUGAUUAUAAAGAAUCUAAGUUAAUGCAGGGGCCAAGGUUAUGUGGUGCCUCUGUAAUAAGUGGUUGUUUCUCAGGUGUUCAAAAAAGAAUUUCAGACAUAAUUCCUAAUGCGUCAUUUGUUCAUUGUGCUGCUCACAAUUUUAAUCUUGUCAGCAAUGCUCCUAGUUGGGCAACUUUGGCCUUAGGUGAUGAUGUUGCAAAAAUUGUAUUAAAAAAAACACAGACUUGUGUAACAGUCGGGGCAUACCAGACACCAGUCAAUAACAUUAAAAAACGAAAAGUAUUUUCUAAAAAAUUUUUCGGUGAUUUAGAUGGAGAUAAACGAUAUGAUAUAGCACAAGAUAAUCUCAAAGUUAAAUUUUUUUUACCUGUCAUUGAUACAGCUUUAGUACAACUUAAAUAUCGUUUUCUAGGCUUACAAGAAGUUGUUGAUAAAUUGAUAAUGAUAAGAUAA